AUGCCUUCUAUUCUGUUCUGGCUGCUCGUGAUUGCAUUCGUGCUCGCGGUGUUGCCUACAUCAGCGCACGCAUUUGGUGCUGGAAACUUGCCGAGCUAUGCUUACCUCGAAGACAAGGCGUUUAGACACGGUGACAUUGAGGAUGUCCUAGCCGAGCUCUUGAAGCGGACUGGGAGUGGCUUGCUCAAACAAGGCAGCAAGUUUAAAGGACUGGAUAUUAAACGCGUAUAUUUCGGAAACUGGUUGAGAGACUACUCUCAAGCUGUAGACGUUGCAGGACUCAAGGCGACGACCAUUCAGAAUAUCAUCACCAUUUGCACUGUUCUUGGAUUCAUGGCGCACGGGUUUGUCACCGAUGAAUUCGAGGUUACGGAGGAGCGCUUGGGCGUCUAUCUCCCGGUCGAACACAUUGACAAUCCCAAGGGCUAUCCGGACGAUGCACGAAAGUAUCAUCCAAAGCUCCGCGGACCGGUCGACCCACGCGAGUUGGAAAUAGACCUGCGCACGGGAAUGAAGAACUAUAUUGCUAAUGAGGAUGGUGGUUGGGAUACUUCCCGAGCGCUUGUCCGACGCCGCUUGCAAGAGUGUAUCAACAUUGGUCGACGAUAUCGAAGCACUCACAACAAAGCAGACCAGUAUGAGGCGUUCAGGCUUCUUGGGAGUGCCCUUCACACGAUGGAGGAUUUCCCCGCUCACUCCAACUUCUGCGAGCUCGCCCUUGUCAGCAUGGGUUGUAAUCAGGUAUUCACCCAUGUAGGCGACAACGUCCGUAUUCCAGCUCCAAAUGGGAAGUUUGUUGCGCCUCUGGUUACUGGCACAUUUGGUGGAGAUGACUUUCAGCACUCUCUCCUUGGAGAAGCCGGAGAUCAUAUUUCUCAAUCCAGUAUCUCUGAUCUCAAUGAGCACGUGAACAAGGCUCGUGCCAAGUCGGCAUCCGGAGACUUUGGUAGUGCGAACAAGAUUAAGGCACUCAUUGCAACCAUUCCUUCGCCCGAGGCACAAAGCAUGUCGCGCGACAUUGACACAAUGCAAGCGAAUAGAGCCACACCUGGCAAGGAUCCGAAUACUAUGACCCCGAAAGAGCUUUACCAGAACAUAUGGGCAAUUCUUUCUUUCCGAGACUCUGUCGUGAAGAAGAUGUCCUACGGUAUCGAAAAGAUUCCUGGACUCGGACCCUUGAUCGAUAGCAUUAUGGAAAAUCUCACCGUCUUUGUCAUUCAAACACUCGAGCCAUAUCUCAAGCCAUUGAUGAAGACGGCGACGACGCAGUUGGCGGCAUCAUCGGCUGCAGUCAUCAAUAAGUUGGAUCAAUACGAGGUAUUCCACGACCUAAUGCCAGCGACCCAACGCACUCUAUUCUUAGCAAGGAUCACUUCAAUCUUAUCCGUUCUCAAUGAGCCGGCUGGAAAUCUCGCCAAGAUUAUCGUUAUUCACACAGUGAAACUCGUCGUCCAUGCUUGGGAUCACGCCGAGGACAAUAUUCACCAUGUCACGGAGACAAUACUUGAAUGCAUGUUCCAUCCGGAUUUCCAUAAUCCUCGCUCUAGCGUCCAAAAGGAGAUGAUGGAAUUUAUGCGUCAAUGGCUCAGCACUCACUCGGCUGGCCAUCACGACGUGCUCUCGCGGUUGACAAAAGAGGCCAUUCGAAACCAUCAAAACGUUCGCAAACAGGGAGAUUCAAGUGGAUCUACUGUCUCGUCUGCGACUCACGGCCACGGAGCUGCUGUUGGUUAUGGACAUCAAGCGUCUGCAAAGAUCUCGAACACUCUACACUCAAUCCCAGGUGUGAAUCAAGUCCAAAACUUUGUAGGUCAUAUGCCCGGUGGGGGACACUUCCCUUCGCGAGAUAUGCCUGGAUAUGCAGGAGGUCCGCCGGAGCCUAGUUAUAGUGCUCCUUCUACUGCGCCUGGGGCUAGUUCGUACAAUGCACCUCCGUCCAUGCCCGGCGCCUCUCCUUAUGGAGCGCCGCCUUCCAUGCCAAGUGCUUCAGCAUACGGGUCCUCGCAUAAUGCGCCUUCACAUACAUCUGGCUACCCAGGAGCCUCAUAUGAUAUGCCGAAAGGCCAUGAUCAUGGCAAGAAACAUAAAAACAAGGGUUCGGAUUCCGACAACGACAAGCCAAAGAAGGACAAGAAGAAGAAAAACAAAAACAAGGAUUCCGACUCGGAGUCGGAUGACAAGCAUAAGCACGGAUAUGACAGUUCCUACGGCCAGCCAUCCUACCCCUCUGGUGGGUACAACCCGUCGCAUAAUCCACCAGCACACAGCCCACCAACGGGCGCUCCCAGUUUCCCUGGUGCUCCAAGUAGUGGCGUAGGAUUCCCUGGUACUCCUCCAUCGUUCCCAGGAUCAGCACCAGGUUACACAGCCCCGAGUGGGUAUGGUGGUCCCCCUUCAUACGAUACCCCACCGCAACAGUACGGAGCUGCACCUAGCUUCCCAGGUGGCCCCUCUCCGGGAUUUCCGUCUGGCCCUUACGGUCAACCGCAGGGGGGACCGCCUGGUUUCCCGGGUGCAUACCCAGGUGGACCACCUCCACAACAACAGUUCCCUGGGCAAGGAUACAAUCCUCAGCCGCCCUAUGGUGGUCAGUGGUAG